UCCAUACAGUCCCGAGUAUCAUGACCAUCCAAUACUCGGGGAAAUGCGAGCAAGCUAGUCAUUAUAAGGUGCAAGACACCGCCGCGUGUGUGGCCGAAUUCUCGCACCCUCUGCUUCACUUUAUGGUAUCUCCCUUUUCGAUGUCUCAGAAGUCGUGGGAUAGUUGAUAAUUCAAGCUUCGAGUCUCAUAUACAUCCAAACGACUGAGUGGUAGUUAAGUGCAAGCAGCAAGAGGAAGUUCCUCGACCGUCAUUAUGUAUCAGACCAGUAAUGUAUACUUCAUUUGCUCAUUCGCUGCCAUUGGCGGUGGACUCUUCGGUUUCGACAUCAGCAGUAUGUCAGGUGUUUUAGGAACAAUGGCAUACAAACGGUACUUCGGAAACCCAGUGUCGUACAGGCAGGGAGGUAUUACUUGCGCCAUGCCAGCUGGUUCGCUUGUCGGUGCACUAUCUUCCUCCUACAUCGCAGACAGGUUUUCCAGAAGGACUAGUAUACAAAUCGCCUCCGUAUUUUGGGUGAUUGGAUCGAUUAUUCAAUGCGCUUCUGUCGACAUUGGCAUGCUCUGCUUCGGACGUGUUGUUGCUGGUCUCUGUGUCGGUAUCGCCUCGUCGAUUUGCCCAGUCUAUCAAUCAGAGAUUGCUCCCAAGGAAAUUCGUGGUCGUGUAGUAUCUCUUCAACAAUGGGCUAUCACAUGGGGUAUUCUUAUACAGUACUUUAUCCAAUACGGUGCUUCGUGGGUUGGUGGCGGACCAAAUGAUCCGAAUCAGCCAACAUCUGCUUUCCGUAUUCCAUGGGGGGUUCAAAUCGUGCCGGCUGUCCUCCUAUUCUUCGGAAUGUUCUUUUUGCCUUUGUCACCAAGAUGGCUCGCCUCGAAAGAUAGAUGGGAGGAAGCGAUCCAGGUCAUGGCCAGACUUCACGGUAAUGGAGAUAUCAACCACCCUAAGGUUCUUGCCGAGUACCAGGAGAUCGAGGAAGCUCUAAGAUUCGAACGGGAGGAAGCUAUCAGUAGUUACAAACAAUUGGUCGAGCCUCGUAUGUUGAAGCGAGUCUUGCUCGGAAUGUCAAUCCAGAUGUGGUCUCAGCUAUGCGGCAUGAAUGUUAUGAUGUAUUACGUUGUGUACAUCAUGGAAGGAGCCAAUAUCGCGUCUCCACUACUUACAGCUUCCAUUCAAUACAUCCUGAACGUCACCCUCACACUACCCGCCAUUAUCUACCUGGAUCGAUUCGGAAGACGUCCUGCGAUGCUCAUAGGAUCUUUCUUCAUGAUGACAUUCCUCUUCAUCGUAGGAGCUCUCCAAGCCUCGUACGGACAAGCGAAUGUCGGUCCACUCAAGAAUUCAACCAAUUCUGACAUCAGUUGGAUUGUCAACGACAACAAGCCGAUCUCGAAAGCUAUCGUUGCAAUGACAUACCUGUUCGUUUGUACUUUCGCAACCACCUGGGGACCAACUUCCUGGACUUACCCAGCUGAGAUCUUCCCAAACAAGAUCCGUGCCAAAGCUGUAUCUCUCGCAACAGCAUCAAAUUGGUUCUGGAACUGCGUUCUGGCAUUCGCCGUACCGCCUCUUUUGUGGAACAUUAACUGGAAAAUGUACAUGAUAUUCGCUACAUUCAACGGCGCCGCAUUCAUCCACAUGUUCCUCACCGCCCCCGAAACGAAAGGAAAGACAUUAGAAGAAAUGGACGACGUAUUCGACAGCGGUCUUCCUGCCUGGCGCAGCGUACCGAAGGGAUCUCGUCUCGAUCAGUUACAGAAAGAUAUCGAGGCUGGAAAUGUCAAGAUCGCCGCUCCGAUUGGCGGUGUCGUACCACCACCAAGGGAGAGUGAAAAGACUGCUGUAGCUAAGGAGAGCGGUCUUGUUUAAUGAUUGCGAUUGGUGAUCACUGCGAUCGAAAUCUUAUUUAAUAUCGUCAUACCUCUUAAUUUUUCGAGGACGAUGUGUAUGUGUAUGACGGGCAUCGGAUGGGAAAAUGAUCGCGGUGAUCAGGGAUAUUCAUCGUUGUUGGGUUCUUUGAUACCUAUUUGCUUAUGA